UUUUAGCUGAAGCUCCAAAAAAGACCAGAUCAUUUGCUGAUGACGUGAUGAAGCUCUUUAGAUCUGAAUUUGUGGAAGAGGUUUACCUUACCAUGUGAUUGCUGCAAAGAAACACUGAUUCAACAUAAAAUGACGACAACAAUAUCUUGAAUUGUUGUCGUUUCCGUGGUGGCGUAGGGGUAAGUAGACGGAAGAGGAGGUAACCAAAGUCACAAUCAUCUGUGAUGAGAAUGUUGAGUUUCCCUUGUGAAGAAUAUGCUCUGCCUAUUCCUGAUUGACUUUUGACAAAAUGUUCUUCACAGUAUGCAAUGACCUAAGACAUGAUGCAACCAUUGGAAUUUUCAUUUCUGUCUUAUUAAUUGUACAAGUGGAUGAUAUGAUAUUGUACCAGUGAUUGGUCUGAAAUUAAAAGACUUUAUUAAUCUUUUUCAGAUUUUUAAAAAUUGAUAUUUGGUUUUAUGUUUUUAUUUUUUUGUUCAAUUGAACCAGGUUAUAUGCUAUCACAAGUCAUAGAAGCUGAAAGUAUUCCUCUCUGAGACUCACUUACAUACAAAAUGUUGAGCAUUCCUUACUUUAUUGUAUUUAGUUGUACCGGUACAUGUACCAAACAUAAAUUAUAAUGAUUUUUGAAUGAAUUUGUAAAAAUUCAUAAAAAUACAGAGUUAAUCAAAUCAUGAAUUUGUGCAUGAACUUAGCAAAACUUGUUUACUAGACAACUAGUUGAUAGCAUUUUCUUAACCCCAAAAUCAUGUGUUACAAGAAUCUUAAAAUUACAGAAUCUUGACAAGGAACAGGGUACAUGAAAUUUUUCUACUAGUUUAAUCUUGAUGUGUUUGAAUAUGAGUUAAAGAUAGUAUUAUUUAGUAAAAUCUAUUUAAAAAGGGAUUGUAUAUGCACUUUUUUCACAAAUAAUUUUUAGUUUAGAGUAAUAUUCCAGAUUCUAUCAAGGAAUGUCUUUUCUUUUGCAGGAAUUGGACAUGCCUCCUAGACCUCGGUCAUCUUCUCACUCCUCCCACUCAUCUGGAUCUUCCCACAGCAGUAGAUCUAGGUCAGCCUCUCCAUCGCCGGACAGGGAAGAUGGCAAAGAUGACAAGGAGGAAGACAAAGAAGAGGAAGAGAAGAAGGAAACUGAUGAAGGAGACAGCAAAAGCAGAAGAAGAUCCAGAGAGAGCCCGUCCAAAAAAAAUCGUUCACGAUCGAGGUCAAGGUCACACCGUAGACGGAGAUCAGACUCCAAGAGGAAAUCUCGAUCCAGUCGAUCCAGAUCCAAAAGAAGGAGUCGAGAUAGAAAAGACAGUUCAUCUCACAGAAGACGUAGAAGAAGCAGAUCUCGAGAUAGGAAGCACAGAAGGCACUCCUCUAGAGACCGACAUAGACAUAAGAAAGACAGGCGAAGGAGUCGAGAUAGACAUCGCAAAAGAAGCCACAGGAGUAGGUCAAGGCAACGCAGCAGAUCGCCACUCAAACAUAGAUCUGUAAAAAGUAGAAGUCGCAGUAGAGAGCGUGGUCAUCACCCUGCAAUGUCAUCUUCCAAGGCAGAUGGAGAGAAGCACCUGACCUUUAAGGAGAAAAUGAGACAGCAGCUAUUAAAAGCCAGCAAAUAUCUGCAGGGAGGCGAGGGGCUAGAAGUGGAUGGAACUCCCAAGGAGAAACCUAGUACCCUGCCAUUAAGUGAUGGACAUAAAAAGUUUUUUCAAGCGCUAGCUUCAUCGACUCAGUCAAGUGUAACCCCACAGAUGGCUCUUUUACAUACUAUGGCAGCAAUGCACCAAAAGGCUCAAGAGAUGACUGGAGUAGCUGUUCCCAAAUACUAUAAUCCAGCAGCUGUAAACCCUUUGAAGUAUGCAGAGCAAGUUCAGAAAAGAAAGUUGCUCUGGUCUAAAGCGAAAGAGCACAAAGAGGUAUCUGACAAAGAAAAGGAAUGGCAACAAACAGCAUUUAAUCAAGAUGAAAAUGGGAAAAUGGCCUCUAAAUUCAAGAAGUUGAUGGGAAUAAAGCAUGAAGGGGCAGAUGGAGAAGGUUCAUCAGAGCUUACAGAGGAACAAAAAAAGAAGCGGGAGGAAUUCUUCUCCAGGCUUGACAAAGACUAUGAGUUUGCUCGCAUGACAACCCACACCCAGAGAGGGGUGGGGCUAGGCUUCUCCUCUCAGGGAAUUCAGCCCCCCUAGUGCAUGGAAUGUGUUUGUUUUGAGGAACUGUGAUUAUUUAUUAAGACUUGAAAAGUGGAAACUCGAUCUUUGAGGUUAAACAAUGAUUGUGUGUCUUUGUGAGACACAUGUAACAUUAUGGUGAAUAAUGUUACUUCAUUUCAUCUUGUAAAUGGUCACCUGUAAACUUAAUUUGUAGUGCAACCAAAAUCUGAAGUAUCCUAACAAUUCAAUUUGAAGCUUUAACAAUUGACCAUUGAUUUUUUUAUGUACAAGUGUUUCUACAGAGACUAAUAUUGUUUUGUACAAUAAAUAAAGUCAACCCAAAUACCAAA